UCAUUCCAUUUCUUUCCGUCGAGCGAUUCGGGUGGUGCAUGUCGCUUGCAUUUCGGUUAACGGUACGUUUUCGUGAGUUUUUGUUUGUCGGAAUUCGCGUCGCUGCGCAUGCGAAGGAGAGCGCGCGACACAACGCAUAGAAAAGUAGCAACAAGAACAGCGUCGAUAUACGUACAUAAAUCUUCGGAGAGAAAUAAAGUGCAGACAAACAAACAAACAACAAUCGAAUGCAAGUGCAAAUAGUGGAACAGAUUUUUACGCGCGCACACCCAACGCAUUUGGCUUUGUGCGCCGCCAGCAAUAUUUGUCCAAAGUUUUGACUCGGAUUUGGUCGAUUGCAAUCGCUCAUCGUUUAUCGCUUCUUGCGCAAUUCCCUUUGCCCACCAACUCCCCCUCCCAAGGAGCCGCUAAGAAAACGCCGACUUUACAUUAUCAAUUUGUUGGUGCAACCCAAAAAUCGAGCCACUGCCGCCACCGUCACCGUCGACUCUUAUCACAGAUAGUGACUUACUUUGUAAGACCCAACUGAAUUAUUGCCGAUACGCGAUACGAACACCAAGGAAACUCUUACCCAAGACAAACAGAGGAGCGUCCCGUUCCAUCCCAGUCCAUUAGCACAUACUCGAAGAAAUCCCCGGGUCGAGGAUUAUUCAAAUAUUUGUGUCCCAGUGUGCGGAGUGUGUGUCUGCCGCUGAUAAGAUGACCACCAAGACGGUGUCCAGGUGCAAUAGAGCCAUAAAUUGAGGCCAGGUUCAAGCUCACUCCCCCCCACUCCCAGUGCUCCCGCUUUAGCUAAACCCUCCGAUAUCGCCUGCUGAUAAACUGCACUCCAGAAUGAGCAGCCUGCGUCCGGGAAGCGUCUGUGACACGACGCCACUGCAGCGCUUCGAGAGCCAGAGCAGCAGCGGAGAGGAGCCAUCAUCUCCAACGGCAGCCAGCAUCAUAGCAGCCGCCGCCGCUGCCGCCGCCACAGCCACAUCGACAUCCAAUUCCCACAACCUAAACAACAACAACAAUGUAAAACUUGAUUUACAGCUGCCGACAUUCGUUGGAAGCUCGGGACUGGGACUGGGACCGGGACCAGGCCUGGGAACUGGACUAGUAACCGGCCCAGGAUCCAUUGUCACCGGCAAAAGGCCCCUGCGAGGUCCAAAGAAGAUUCUUGGACGCAUUCUGCUGGACUUGUGUAUGCUGAGCUGCGUGGGUCUGCCUAUGCUGGGGCUCUCCUUCUGGGGCGAGCCCUUCAAGCGCGGCUUCUUCUGCAACGACUCGUCUCUGAAGCAUCCCUACAAGCACUCCACCAUACGCAGCUGGAUGCUGUACCUCAUGUGUGGCGCCCUGCCCGUUGUUCUGAUAAUUCUGGUGGAGUUUUUCAGGGGCCAGGACAAGCGUUUGCAUGGGCCUUUUAAGAGCCAAAUGGCCAGAACUGGCAGUGGCUAUCAUAUCUGUCACCUGGAGCUGUCCUACUGGCUGCUGGAGUGCUACCGGAAGAUUGGCAUCUUCAUCUUUGGCCUCGGCGUCGAGCAGCUGACGGCGAACGUAGCCAAGUAUGCAAUCGGAAGACUGAGACCGCAUUUUUUCACUCUCUGCCAGCCCGUUCUUUGGGAUGGUAGCAAUUGUAGUCAUCCCAUGAAUGCCGGACGCUACAUCGAAGAGUUCACCUGUGGGGCAGCGGACAUGAAUGCGAAGGGGAUCAGGGAUAUGAGUCUAUCGUUCCCCAGUGGACAUGCCAGUUUCUCCUGCUAUGCGAUGCUCUACAUAGUGCUCUACUUGCAGCGCCGCAUGCAUUGGCCCAGGCUCAGGAUGGUGCGACACUUGCUGCAGUUCCUGCUGCUCCUGUUCGCCUGGUACACGUGCCUCACGCGCGUCUCCGACUACAAGCAUCAUUGCUCCGAUGUGCUGGCGGGAGCCGGCAUUGGCAUUACCUAUGCCAUUGUUGUGACCUCGACCAUGUGGUAGGCUGGACGAUUCUUUUGAGGGUGCCGGUUACAAACCCACCCCCCCGCAACCCACCGCACUGGCCUGCGAUCGCUUUAGAAGAUGUUUCAUCUGCUGGAAGUUCAGUUUUAACUUUGUCUCAAAUAUUGACCAUCGCUAGCAUAUAAGCACAUAUUUAUCCUACAUAUAUGUAUGUCUCUGUCCCUGAGUGCACGUUUCAACCAUUUUUACUUAAUAAAUUUCAGUCGAAUAUGUUUUAACAUUAUACAAUA